AUCACUGUUAAUCGCGGUUGUACCUCUUCUCUUCUUAACCGCUAUUAAUUUCUUUCCACGCAAAGAGUUGAUCCACGUUUACCGAAAACGGUUUACGUUGAAUAAUCCAACCAAUGGGGAAUGAAAAUGUCAUGUACAAAGUUGGGAAGGGGUGGUGUUGUGCAUGAAAUUGAAAAAUUCGACUGCAGCGUUUGAUUAAAAUGCAUUCAAAAUCCUUUUGAAGUUUUAGGUUGUUAUGAAAUAAUCAAACAUAUGCUGAAAAUGGAAAAAAACACCAACAAAUUUGUUAUUUGUGCACUAGGAGUAUUUGUUUCUUACUUUUAUUUCGGAAUAUUACAAGAAAAAGUAACGAAAGGGAUAUAUUCGUAUGAAAGUAUUGAUGAAAAUGGAGAAAAAACUAUGAAACAAGAAAAGUUCACUUAUGUGCUCGCUUUGGUUUUCAUUCAAUGUAUUAUAAAUUACAUUGUAGCAUAUGGAAUGCUUCAUAUUGGAUCUCAAAAGGAAGAUAAAACAUCGAAAAUAUAUUAUAUCAGUAUAUCUACCACCUACCUAUUAGCUAUGGUUGCAUCGAAUAUGGCAUUACAAUGGAUUCCUUAUCCCACACAGGUAGUUGGAAAAUCUGCCAAACCAAUUCCUGUUAUGAUUUUCGGAGUUCUUCUUGGACGAAAGUCAUACACCCUCAGAAAGUACUUCUUUGUUCUUCUCAUUGUGAUUGGAAUGGUUUUAUUCAUGUUGAAGGAUAAAACUUCAAGUAAAGUUGAUAAUGGCACUACAUUUGGAAUAGGGGAGAUACUUCUCAUUCUUUCAUUGACGAUGGAUGGUUUGACAGGGGCUGUGCAGGAAAGGGUAAGAGCUGAGUCUUCCCCUUCAGGUCACCAAAUGAUGAAAGCCACUAAUGGAUAUUCAAGUGUGCUUCUUCUUAUUGCGCUCGUUGUAACUGGGGAAGCUUUAAGCUUUUCUAGUUUUGCCCAUCGUCAUCCUACUAUUAUUUACAACUUGUUGACAUUAGGCUUAACACAAGCAGUUGGACAGCUAUUUUUGUAUGUAAUGGUAUCAGAAUAUGGUCCUUUGGCUGUUUCAAUAGUUACGACAACCAGAAAAUGUUUCACAGUGUUAGCUUCAGUUAUAUUCUUUGGCAACACUUUGAAUUCCAGACAGUGGUUUGGUGCCUCUGCAGUUUUCGCCGGCCUUUUCUUAGAUAUAUUUUACUCUAAGGGGAAAGGAGUAGUCAAGAAAAAGGAGAAAGAAGAAGGAGCUAAAUUAUCUAAUAGUAAAUGAAUUAUGACAUAAGUAAUUUAUUUGAAAUUAAAAGCAGUCAAGAGAAAGGACAAAGAAGAGGGUGUAAAAUUAUCAAAUAGUAAUUAAAUUAUGACAUAAGUAUAAUUUAUUGUGAACAAGAAGCUGUAGUCAAGAAAACGAAGAAAGAAGAGGGUGUAAAAUUAUCAAUUAGUAAAUGAAUUACGACUUAAGUAAUUUAUUUGGAGUAAAAGCAGCAGUCAAGAAAAAGGAGUAAGAAAAUGGUAUAAACUUAUCAGAUAGUAAAUGAAUUAUAGCAUAAGUGUAAUUUAUUUUAAAUAAAAGGAAAUUUUUUGUUAAUGUU